AUGCCAACUGGAGCAUCCUUCGGUUAUCAGCAGUGUAGCAGAUGUAAUGAACGGAAAAGAGAUCUGUUCCGGAUUUUAUCAGAAAAUCUAUUCUGCAGUGUCUGCUACCCGAGAUUUUUAAAAUCCCAAGAAGAGUCAAGAUGCACCAAUAUUGUCUGCCAAGCACUACCACGACAGGGCUUUAAGCUCCGAACGCAUCCUGUUACAAAGCUAAAAAUAUGCUGUUUUUGUUAUUCAUACGUCUAUCGGUAUGGAAGAGACCGAGAAAAAGUAAGAGCUUGGAACAAACCAAGGGGAGUGAAGAGGUCUUCACAAGAAGAACCACGGAAGAAGAAACUUCGGAAAAUGCUUCAAUCCGUGAAAGCAGCAAAAUCUCAUGGUGUGACGGAUUUUGAAGCUGCUACCACUUCUGAUGACACCUUUCCACUAUUGACACUACCAAUGCCAACGACUGUAGAAGUUAUCAAAAUAAGCAAUGUGGGUACUGGUUUUGAUGCGAAACUUGAUAAUCCUGAAACCGUGACAGCCGUGAAACGGAAACCAAUAUCUACUUUUGUCAUUGACCAGCUUUUGAAGCCAAAAAACAAACUUUGUAUCUGA